GACGAAGACAGUGGCGAGGAGGAAGAUUGGGAUGACGAGAAAAUAGAGGAAGAAGACCAACGAAGUGACAAAGACGAUAAAUCGAUGACUAAUUCUCGUCAAACGGAUGUAAAGCAGUCAAAGAUUUCAACUGAUUUAGAUGACGAUGGGUGGAUUGAUGUGCCACACUCGUCGGACGACGAACAACUAGUAGAGAAGGAGAAGAAAGUAGAUCCUGUGGAGCUGAAGUUGAAGGCACGUGAAAUCGCGUCAUCCCGAGUCUUCACACAGGAAGAGUUUGAAGCUAUGAGAAGAUAUCAGCAAAAGCGCUUCGCUGCUGCCGGGUCACACAAGCGUCGGACAGAUGACUCGGAAUCAUUUUUCUUUGUCGAUUCGGACGAAAAUGAUGAGAAUCAAGGAACAGCAGGUGCCGAACUAGUCAGCAUGAGUGCCAUCAUGCGUUUGGUCAAAAGGCCAAAACAAUCCAAAGCAGAACGGUUAGAAGCAAUACAUGACGGACGGGAUGGUCGUGAAAAAUACGGGUACAAAGUGAGUUGA